AUGGAUCGGCUAUUGAUUGUAAGGCUCGCGCGGAACACCGUACUUCCGUUGGCUUACAUAAUAUUCUUCGGCGCCGCGUUCGUGAUCGCCGGCUACUUUUUGGCCCUAAAAACACAGUCAUCCAUGUUGUUUUGUAAGGAUGGAAACUUUAAGCAAUUUCUUAUUAAAAAAGUACCUAUUGUCAGAGAAAAAUAUUUACCUUCAAUUUAUGGGUUCAACGGAUAUGCGCAUACAGUUCUCGCCACACUGUUUAGAGAUAUCAUUACACCUACAGUAGUUUAUGACAGGGAAAUGUUGACGUUAAACGACGGAGGUGAACUCGCUAUAGACUGGCUGUAUCCAAAAUCUAAAGGUCGACAAAGUUUAAUCACUGUGAUCAUACUCACUGGACUGACAGGUGAUAGCCAAUCUGAAUAUGUCAGAGAAACAGUAAACGAACUGUAUGAAAAAGGCUAUUGUUGUGUUGUUUUUAAUUAUAGAGGCCGAGGAGGUGUAAAAUUGAAGACUGCCAGAACGUACUCAGCGACCAACAUCGAAGACCUGACAGAAGUGCUGAAACAUGUUAAGUCCAGACGGCCAAACAGUCCUAUCGCCGGCAUAGGAUUUUCAAUGGGAGGAACAUUAUUGGGAACAUUCUUAAUGUCAUCUGAACAAGAGAAAAAUAAAUACUUGGUCACAGGAAUACUAAUUUCAGUACCGUGGAAUGUAAAACAAGCCUGCAAAAACGCAGAAGGUUCAUGGCUAAUGCGAAAAAUGGGUAAAAACUUGUCUCACCAUUUACGCAGUGUCGUCGUUAAGAACAAAGAUGUUAUUUUCAAACAAGAUAAUGACAGAUCGUUGGAUUACAACAUUAUUAAACAGUGUAACACCAUCCGAGAGUUUGACACUGCCUACACCAUUAAAAUAUUUAACUACAAUAAUGUGUAUCACUAUUAUGAGGAUGCGACACUAAGCAACAAACUGCACCUGAUCAACGUACCAUGUCUGUGUUUAAGUGCAGCGGACGAUCCUUUUCUUUAUUUUAGAGACAUACCCGUCAACGAAGCUGACAAACACGGAAAUUUGGCUAUAUUAGUAACUUCAGGGGGUGGUCACGUGGGUUACUUGGACACUUUUUGGCCGUUCACGAACAAUAAUUUUAUGUUAAAGCUCAUUCAACAAUAUUUCGACGCGAUUAUGGUAGACAAGAAUUAUGAGAAAUUUGUAAACCUUUAAAUAGUAAAUUUUUCUGUACAAUAUAGUAUAUAAUUUCUAUAUUAGUGCAUGUAAAUGACAAAACAAAACUCUAUACGACCGAUUACAAUAGUUUUGGUAAGAUUAGUAUCGGUAAAUAUUGUUAUUUAUUUAGACUAUCUUAUUAUUUUAAUUUUCAAUUGAAGGGUGUCACUAAGCCAUUUUAAACAUGGUUUAAAAUUAAGAACAUUUUAUAACUUUGUUAUUGUUAUUAAUACAUUAAAUGUGAAUCAAGGGUAUAAGCAAUGCUACAAUAAUAUAUUGAACAAAAUUCAAAAUUGAUAAAUUAUAAGAAUAUUAUAUGGUGUAUUUGAAUGAAAAGAAAUAACAUUUUGGAAAUGUAUUCCUAUAUUAAAUUGUGUUGGCCUUAUAAUAGUAUUAAUUUGUAUUUAGUAUUUAUUUGUAUAUAGUGAUUACCCAGUUAUGGGAACUAUCAUUAUAAAGUCUAUGUAAAACUCAACGAAAGACAUCCGUUUUGAUUAACAUAAUAUAAUAAGUUAUUGUUGUUUUUAUUUUAACACUAGCAAAAUAUACUAGUGCAUUUGUA